AGCAAUGAAUCCACUCGACCAUAACCUACGCCACCGACGAGUUAAAAGUUAGUGAUCCACAUAAACCUAUUCCUAUCUCGUACUUGUAUCAAGAGAUCAAUGGCGACCGUGCGAAGAAAUGGCUGAAUUGUUUUUUACUUCAAUGACAAAAUGUGGACAAUAUCAAGAAGAAGUGGAAAAGGAAGAAGAAGAACGUAAGGUUGCGAGCGGUAGUAAACGAAAAAUUCAAAACACAGCAACCUAUUUCUCGUUAAAGACUUUAACUACUCAUAAAAAGUGCUCUAAGUAUGAACUGUUUGUGAAAACGUAGUUGUCGGUAUGGAAAAUUGUGGAAGGCAAAUAAAACAAGCGCUAAAAAAGAAAAUUUUAAGAGGCAUUGAUAUUGGAGGUUAUGUAAAGGAAAGGAAAAUCAUUUUCGAAUUAUUAAAAAGAUCUAUUGACAAUGGCGAAUCAAAUUCGGCAUUAUUAAUAGGUCAACGCGGCUCCGGGAAAACAACAUUGGUAAACAACAUUAUAGAAGAACUGCAAAAUGACAUCAGUUUUGAAGAGAAUUGUUUGCUGGUACGUUUAAAUGGCCUCAUUCACACUGAUGAUAAGUUAGCAUUAAAAAGCAUAACAAUACAAAUGAAUCUUGAUAAUGCCGUGGAUGGGAAAGUGUUUGGUAGUUUUGCAGAGAAUUUAGCUUUUCUUUUAGCAUGUCUUAAAGCAGGGAAAAAAGAUAUAUCAAAAAGUGUGAUUUUUAUAUUGGAAGAAUUUGACUUAUUCUGUGCGCAUCACAAUCAAACACUCUUGUAUAAUUUAUUUGAUAUAUCCCAAAAUGCACAAACUUCAGUCUGUGUAUUGGGAAUAACAUGUCGUUUAGAUGUAAUUGAGUUGUUUGAAAAGCGCGUAAAAUCCAGAUUUUCACACAGGCAGAUUUUUAUAUUUAUGGAAAACAACCUGGACCACAGAAUAAAUUGCAUACUAAAUUAUCUUCAAAUUAGUAAGAAUGAUACAAGUUUGAAUAAAAAUGUUAUAAAGAAUUGGAAUAAUCAUCUAUUAGUCAUAACUGAAGAUAAGAACUUUAAAAACUUGAUGCAAAGACUAUUGGAUAUCGAUUUAACAGAGAGAAGCUUAAAAACCAUAUUGAUUUCAGUUGUAUCUCAACUCAGUCCACAAAAUCCUAAAUUAAAGGUAGAAAUGUUCCAAGAGCAAAUGAAGGAAUUUGAAAGAGAUGACACAGUUGCAAUCUUGGGAAGUCUUUCAGCAUUGGAAUUGUGUCUUCUUAUUGCAAUGAAGCAUCACGUGGAAAUUUAUGAUAAUCAGGCAUUUAAUUUUGAAAUGAUAUAUACAAGGUACAUGAAAUUUGUAGGAGCUAAUUCAAAUGUGCAAGCUGUCCCACGACCUGUUGUUAUGAAAGCCUUUGAACAUAUACAGAAUAUUGAAUUAAUUGCCCCCUGCAGUAAUACGACAUUCAAGUUACAAAAGGACUAUCAACCUUUUCGCCUGCACUUGACGUCUGACCAAAUAAUGGAUGCUGUAAAAAAUGUACCUCAUUUGCCAACAGAGUUAGUGCAAUGGGCAAACAGUUCAUUAGUGUAAGUUUUUAUUUUUAUUUCAUAAUGUAAAGGAGCAUUUUUUUUUAUUUAAUAAACAAUAACUUUAAAACCA